GUUUUACGACACUUCCGUUACUGCUGUGUGUGGCGGUAUCUAGGGAGAAGGCGCCCGGGUUUGAUUCAAGCAGCGGUACUAAACAUGGAGGUGCCUCUGCCUCCGGAAGACCAGGAGCUCCGAAAUGUCAUUGACAAAUUGGCGCAGUUUGUGGCUAGAAAUGGACCGGAAUUUGAGAAGAUGACCAUGGAAAAGCAAAAAGACAACCAUAAAUUCUCCUUUCUCUUUGGAGGAGAGUUCUACAACUACUACAAAUGUAAACUUGCAAUGGAACAGCAGCAGUACAUGUGUUUCUCUGACACAGUGCUUUGUAACCAAGCUCAAGACUUGGAACCCAAGGCUCAAAUUCCCACAAUCCCACCGCCUACUCUCCCUCUGCCUCCUACACUUGUACAACCACCUCAAGGCGCCCCACCAAUUGAGGAUCUGAUUCAGCAAAGUCAGUGGAACUUUCAACAGCAGGAACAGCAGCUACUUUCACUGAGACAGGAGCAGAUAACUGCUGCUGUAGCACAUGCUGUAGAGCAACAGAUGCAGAAACUGCAGGAGGAGACCCAGCUGGAUAUGACUGAAUUUGACAACUUACUGCAGCCAAUAAUUGACACCUGUACAAAGGAUGCCAUUUCUGCUGGCAAAAACUGGAUGUUCAGUAAUGCAAAAUCUUCUCAACAUUGCGAGCUAAUGGCAGGACACCUACGCAACUGUAUUACAGCUGAAGGGGCACACUUUGAAUUGAGACUUCACCUCAUAUAUUUAAUCAAUGAUGUUUUACACCAUUGCCAGCGCAAGCAAGCACGUGACCUGUUGGCUGCUCUUCAAAAAGUAGUUGUGCCGAUCUACUGUACCAGCUUCCUAGCUGUUGAAGAGGACAAGCAGCAGAAAAUUGCACGACUGCUGCAGCUCUGGGAAAAGAAUGGUUACUUUGAUGAGGCUUCAAUUCAGCAGCUACAGAGCCCAGCCCUGGGCUUAGGACAGCACCAGGCCGCACUACUUACAGAAUAUUCCAGUAUGGUGCAGCCUGUGCUUGUGGCAUUCCAACAGCAACUACAGACACUGAAAACGCAACAUGAAGAGUUUGUGACUGGUUUGAAACAGCAACAACAGCAAAUUCAAAUCCCAGUGAUGGAACCCAUCCCAGAAACGCCAGCUCCUGCACCAGCCCCAGUGCCAGUACCAGUGCCCCCGCCACCAGAGGAAGUAAAACCUGCAAUGGCUAUCCCCACCCCAGCAGAAUUUGAGCCUCCUCCGGCCCCUGUCCCAGAUCCGACUGCUGGGGGAGGCAGAGGGCCACCACCACACGAGCAGAUUCCACAUAACAAACCACCAUGGUUUGAUCAGCCACAGCCCAUUGCACCAUGGGGUCAACAGCAGCCUUGUGAACAACCACCAUUCCCUCACCACCCAGCACCUCCUCACUGUCCUCCAUGGAGCAACAGUCAUGAAGGCAUGUGGAAUGAACAACGUGACCCCAACUGGAACAAUGAGCCAGAGCCAGCUUGGAACAAUCAGAGAGAACCCCCAUGGAACAAUCAGUUUGAUGCUCCUUGGAGCAACCAGCAUGAGCAGCCUCCUUGGGGUGGAGGUGGGCAGAGGGACCCCCACUUCCGCAUGCAACGGCCGCCACACUUCCGAGGACCCUUUCCACCUCAUCAACAGCACCCCCCUCAAUUCAACCAGCCUCCACACCCUCAUAACUUCAAUCGUUUCCCCCCACACUUCAUGCAGGAAGAAUUUCCACCGCGGCAUCCGUUUGAAAGACCACCUUUUCCACAUCGAUUUGAUUUUCCCCAGGGGGAUUUCCCUGCAGAUAUGGGCCCACCUCAUCAUCACCAAGGUCACAGAAUGCCACAUCCCAAUAUGAAUGAACAUCCUCCGUGGGGUGGACCACAACACCCAGACUUUGGCCCUCCACCUCAUGGUUUUAAUGGACAGCCUCCUCACAUGCGGAGACAGGGCCCUCCCCACAUUAACCACGAUGACCCCAGUCUGGUCCCCAAUGUACCAUACUUUGACUUACCGGCUGGUCUGAUGGCUCCUCUAGUUAAGUUGGAAGAUCAUGAAUACAAACCCCUGGACCCUAAGGAUAUUAGGCUUCCUCCUCCAAUGCCUCCAAGUGAGAGGCUUUUGGCUGCUGUUGAGGCAUUUUACAGUCCUCCUUCACAUGACAGACCCCGUAACAGUGAGGGUUGGGAGCAAAAUGGCCUUUAUGAAUUUUUCCGAGCCAAGAUGAGAGCUCGACGUAGGAAAGGACAAGACAAACGUAACAGCAGGCCCUCAAGAUCUCAGAGCCGCUCAAAGAGUCCAGAACAAUCAUCUCCACGUUCCAACUCCAGAUCUUCCUCCCGCUCUUAUUCUAGAUCUCGCUCUAGAUCACGCUCCCGUUCCAGAUCUUACUCCAGGUCAAGAUCCAGGAGCAGAAGCAGGUCUCAAUCAUCCAGAAGUCGCUCAAGGUCCCGUUCUCGGUCGAAAUCUUUUUCACCGGAGAGAAGGCGGCGAUCAAGAUCUCGUAGUGCAACCCCACCUUCCUCUUCAGGUUUAGGUUCUGGACCAGCAGGGCCUGUGCCCAAUGUCCGUUUGGGAGAGGAAAACAAGGGUCAUCAAAUGUUAGUAAAAAUGGGAUGGAGUGGGGCAGGUGGGCUUGGUGCCAAUGAGCAGGGGAUCCAGGACCCCAUUAAAGGAGGAGACAUUCGGGACAAAUGGGACCAGUACAAGGGCGUUGGCGUCUCACUCGAUGACCCAUAUGAAAAUUACCGCAGGAACAAAAGCUACUCCUUCAUUGCCCGUAUGAAAGCCAGGGAUGAAAAUUUUAAAGCAGGAGGACCCUUUCCCCCUGGUUCUGCACCUCAAGCGAAACGAGAGGGGCCCGAUCCCCCAGAACAGGAAUGAAGCCGAAUACUCAUUGUAGCCUGAUUAAGUACCUGAUACUUAUGGGGGAUAAUGGGUACUUGGGAAAUGCUACUGAACACCCCAAUCCCACAGGACACAGAAAGAUCAUUUGAUGAACUGUUGAACAUUUAAAUUUUGUAAUUGUUGCUCUCUUUGAAAACAUCAGUAUUGUAAAACACCAGAGAAGAUUUCCCAUAUCACAUCAUGCUAAUUUAAUAACCCUACAAGGUAUUUAAAGUGUGGUAGUACUGUAUAAUCUCACAGUCUUGGCAUUUUUGAAAUGGUGUGGGGCAAGCACAAGAUAUCUACUGUGCCUCAGAACCCCUUCAAUCCGAGUUGAGGAAUAUUGCAUCUUGGGAUUGCAUUAUGGGAUUCGACUGAGAGAACAGGACAGACUGACUUCUCAUGCUUAACCUUUUUUUGUGGCUGCAGUUUACCAGCAAUUUCAUCUCCUCUCUCUUUCCCAGCAGACUUUUUAAAUCCACUUUUAGAUUUUCUUUUCUUAUUGGCCUUACUUAAUCGUAUGAGAAAGCAAUACUGGCCCAAAUCCGUUUAGAGAGGGUAAACAACUGCUUUAUGAACUAGUUUUAAGAGACACUGCUGUUAAUGAUUCUGCCAUUGUAUCCCUUAAUACUGAUUUAGUAUCACAGUUGAGCCUGGGUUUUCCGUGUUUUAGUAAAAUUUGAUAUUGCACCUUCUGUUUAUACAGUGUGUGCGUCUCAUCAUCUUUUGUAAAAUAAAAAAUUGUA